GGCACUACUACGAUCGGGAGCCAGGCUGAAGCUCGGAGGACCAGCGAGCGGGCGGACCGGUUUACGGACGCCCGUGGGCCCGCUGCCACCAUCUCGCGUCCUCUUGCCUGGAAAAGCAUUUAAGUUUUAAAAUGUCAUCUAUCAAGCACUUAGUUUAUGCAGUUAUUCGUUUCUUACGGGAACAAAGUCAGAUGGAUGCUUAUACUUCGGAUGAACAAGAAAGUUUGGAAGUUGCAAUUCAGUGCUUGGAGACAGUUUUUAAAAUCAGCCCAGAAGAUACUCAUCUUGCAGUUUCACAGCCUUUGACAGAAAUGUUCAGCAAUUCCUUCUGUAAGAAUGAUAUUUUGCCUCUCUCAAACUCAGUGCCUGAAGACGUGGGAAAAGCUGACCAAUUAAAAGAUGAAGGCAAUAACCACAUGAAAGAAGAAAAUUAUGCUGCUGCCGUGGAUUGUUACACACAGGCGAUAGAACUGGAUCCAAAUAAUGCAGUUUAUUAUUGCAACAGGGCUGCUGCUCAGAGUAAAUUAGGUCACUACACAGAUGCAAUAAAGGAUUGUGAGAAGGCAAUAGCAAUCGAUUCAAAGUACAGCAAGGCCUAUGGGAGAAUGGGACUGGCCCUCACUGCCAUAAAUAAAUUCGAAGAAGCAGUUACAAGUUAUCAAAAGGCAUUAGAUCUUGACCCUGAAAAUGAUUCUUACAAGUCAAAUCUGAAAAUAGCAGAACAGAAGUUAAGAGAGGUAUCUAGUCCUACAGGAACUGGAUUGAGCUUUGACAUGGCUAGCUUAAUAAAUAAUCCAGCCUUCAUUAGUAUGGCAGCAAGUUUAAUGCAGAAUCCUCAAGUUCAGCAGCUAAUGUCAGGAAUGAUGACAAAUGCCAUUGGGGGACCUGCUGCUGGAGUUGGAGGCCUAACUGACCUGUCUAGCCUCAUCCAAGCGGGACAGCAGUUUGCUCAGCAGAUACAGCAACAGAAUCCUGAACUUAUAGAGCAACUUAGAAAUCACAUCCGGAGCAGAUCAUUCAGCAGCAGUACUGAAGAACAUUCCUGACUUGACCAGGGACCCUAGCCCAGAGCACAAAUGAUUAUGGCUCUUAAAUGUUUGCUGUAGAUAGUGGCCAAAACAAAGACACCUAAAGAAUCAAUCUGUCUAGAUGAUAGGUUUAUCAUAAACAGACUUGAUCAUGACUCCUUUGUAAACAAAUGAUCAUUAGCCCUGUUGAGUGCCAGUAUAGUACUGAACAGGGUUCCAUUUUCAAAUCAAAUCAUCAUCAUCAUAUUUGUAUAUUAGACCUAAUAGCAGAGUAUAUUUAUUGAACAGUAGCGCUGUGUAUUGGCAAGUUCUCUAGCUCCAAAUUCCCUUAAGCAGACUUUUUUGAAAGAUGGGGAUGACCAAGAGGAAAGGUUUCUCAUGCUGAUUCAGGAGAAAUAUACAGCCAUGGAACAGCAUGUUUGGAGAGAAGAAAUUUGUUGCCUAGUUUUAGCUCUGAUAGUGCUAUCAGUACUGAAUAUCUAUCACAGGGGCCAGUACUGUCCUUAAUGCUGCUUGCUCUGAUGGGGAACAAGGAAUACUAAGAGCUGGUGAGAAGCAGCAUUUGGUGCAAGGGUUGUUUUGAAAUGAAAAAUAGAUGCUGUGAAUGUACAGAAGGUGAAAGUAGGACGUUCAGGUUGUUUGCAUAGUUCUUAACCAAUCUUGCCUGCAGUUUGAUCUUGAUAACGUUAGCAUGGCCAAUUACUCUAAGUACAUAAUCAAAUACAUUUAGAAAUCCUUAAUGGUACUGGUUAGGUCCAUUGUAUAACUAUUCAAUUUAACUAGCACAAUUUCCCCAAUGGUGACCUUACCAUGGAAACUCUUAAAUAUAUUUACAUUUAAAUAAGCCAGUGGUUUGAUUCUCAAGUUAAGGAUUUUCUAAGUGGCAUUUAAUUAUGUGCCUAUAAAUACUGAUUUUUUAAAACUAAUUAUUUGAUGGCUUAUAAAAAGCUUCUAUCACUAACAUUGCUUGUUCAUAUAAACCUUUGCUAUAAUUUGGCUUGGCAUGUUGCUUUUAUGCUUCAUCUUAAUUUGAUGCAAUGUAAACAUAACAGGGGACUUAAAAUAUUUUAUUGACAUCAGAUCAUAGUAGUUAAUGAAGAGAUAUGGCAUUAAGUAUUAAUGGCAUGACUCUACAGUGAUGAGAGACCAUUUUAACUAGAAUUUUUGUUAAUUAUGAAAUUGGUAAAGUUGGGUGAACACAUAAUCAUUUCACAAGUGUUGUGAGAGAAAACUGAAAAAUUAAGUAAUAUAAAAUUAAUUCAAUAAUACUCAUGAUGAUGAAGGCCUUACUAUAACUGUUCUCCUCAAAAGACUAAUAAUGUGGUAUCUACAAGGUUAAAAAUCAACUCUUCCUUUCUUUCCUCUUGUGAGAUUAGAACAGUGGUUCUGUAAUUUCACUGUAAGAAUUAAAAAUGCAGAUCCAGAGCCAUACUUUCCAUUUUUAUUUAAUAGGUCCUAUAGUAACGCCUAGGAAUCACCAUUUUAAACAGCAUCCUACACGGUUCUGAUGUAGGGCUAAGGACUCUAAUUUAGAGUAACGGUAAGUUAGAGAUUUCUCCUCAGACCAGCAAAUACCUCACUGCCUGUGCUCAGCUUACAGGGAAAACCCAUAGGAAUCUAGAGUCUGGCCAGAGAAGAGCAGGACUUAAAUUUUAGGCCCUCUGAAUUCAAUAUCCUGUAUUCCAUUUAAACCAACUUUAUUGUUCAUGAGGUUAAAUUCAACUCCUAGUGUUCAAGCAUAAUACAGAAUGAAGUACUAACUAUUCACAUGAAAGGACUGUGCUGAAAACAAAAGUGAAACCCGAUCCACAAUUAAAAAUUAGCUACUCUUGGGGUACUUGGCUGGCUGAGUCCCUACAGCAUGUGACUCUUGAUCUCAGGAUCAUGAGUUCAAGCCCCACGUUGGGUAUAGAGCUUACUUAAUUAAAAAUAGCUACUCUUAUCCAGUGGUAAGAGAAAGUUUCUAACAAAACUAUCUUGAGUAUAUUAAAAUGCUUUUAGAUCAGUAAAACUGGUAAGCCUUUAGUUGACUAUGAAAAUCGAGAAAAUGCAAAUCAACAGUACCAAAAGUGAAAGAGGGAAUAUCACUGCAGCCCUCCAGACUUUAAAGGGUAAUCAGAAAAUACAGUGACCAACUCUAGGCCUAUAUAUUGGACAACUUACAUUAAACACACAAAUUCCCUGUAAGAUAAAAGCUACCAAAGCUCAGUAAGGAAAUAGAUAAAUCCCCCAGCAAAGCAAGCUAUAGGCCCAGAUGAUUCCAAUGGUAAAUUUUGCCAAACACUUAAUGGAAGCAAUACUAUCAAUUCUACACUAUCAGAAAACAGAAAAAGAGAAAACACUUCUGACUCGUUUUAUUUAGCUAUUACUAUUACUCUGAUACCAAAAUCAGACCAAGGCAUUAUAAGGAAAACCAUUUUAAAACAAUGUCUUGAUUUGCUAAUAUAUUUAGCUGGGACAGCCAUUCUUUUACAUGAACAGCUGGUGUAUUUCUUCCAUUUCAACUUUCUGAUCUGUUUCUUGGCUGAUAUACCACCUAUAACAAAUUCACUGUAAGUAUCUGUCCACUUACCUGGAUUUUUGCUCUCUAGAUACCUUCAUCACUUUGGAAUCACUGCAUUGCAAAUUAUUUCAAGAAAGUUUUGUGUAGUUGGACUGUGCUAAGAAAUUAUAAGGAAUGCCCCAAAUACUAUACUGGCUGGUGUGGAACAAGAAAACAUUGAAUCUUUAUAUACAUUCCCCUUAGGAAUGACUGGCUUCCAUUAACCACAUUUCAUUGUUGUAGCUAUAGCAGUUAUGAUGCUAUGUAAAACCUAAAAGGUCCUUUUUAUGCAAAUGACAUUUUCAUUUAAUAUACCAAAUUGUUUAUCUAAUUUUUAUAAUAUGAUUUAAACAGAUCCCUUCCAAGAUGACGUUAUCUAACCUUUACUUAAGGAAUGGACAAUGUUUAUCAUAAAAAGAGAGUUUAUAAUUAGAUGAAAUUAUAUAGCAGAUUCCAAAAGACCAUUAUAUGUUACUUUUAAAAUCUGGAACAAUGAAACACAAGGUUCAGUCAUGAGAGGAUACUUGAAAAGCAAUCAGAAUACACAGUGACUAUCAAGUCUUAUCAUUUAAUCAGUCUUAUUCUGGAAGACAGACUUCAACUUUACACUGCUUUUACUUUAUUUUGCACAGAUUUCAUUAUUAGUGCAACUUAAGGGGCAAAUCUCAUUCUGAAUAUAGCUUUCACUUUGGACCAAAUAAUUUGUCAUGGCAAUAAAUAAUUAUGCAUUUAAGAAAAACAAAUUUUUGUAUUUGACUUAAUACCUCUAACAGUUAAGCGAUUCUAUAUACAUUCUUGAAUUUCAACUUACCAAAAUAAGUUUUUAUUUAACAGCAUAAGCUUUUGUUGUCCUUACAAAAUAUUGAAACUUACUAUAUUCAUGUUGCAAAGUUGUUUACAAUCUUUUUAAAAAAAAUGUUUUUAUUUGUUUUUGAGAGAGAGAGCAAAAGCGGGAGAGGGGCAGACAGAGAAGAAGACACAGAAUCCAAAGCAGGCUCCAGGCUCUGAGCUGUCAGCACAGAGCCGCACAUGGGACUUGAACUCACAGACCUCGAGAUCAUGACCUGAGCUGAAGUUGGACACUUAGCCGACUGGGCCGCUCAGGAGCCCCUCAAAGUUGUUUACAAUAUUAACUUUCUCACUGUUUUGUUCCUGACAUAAGUAAAUUAGUGUGAUUACAUCUACAGAUAGUUUUGUAGUAGUAAUGCAUGACUUAGAGUUCAAAAUCAAAUAUCAGAAGGUAGAAAUCCUUUCAAUAUGCCUUAUGAAAAUAAGUCACUUGUUUUUCAAUAUGAAAAAAAACCCUGGAACUUUCUGGCUUUGAGUUAGAAAAUUAUCAGGUUUCUUAGUUAAAAGUUAAUAGAGUAAUCAACAAUCCGAGAAAUUAAGCCAAUUCUUAUCUGCUGUUAGUAACUGAAAUUUAGAUCUGUUUAUAUGUACAUACAAACAGAUACAUACAAAUAUAGUAACUUUGAAAACACUAGGAGAACUCAUACUGUGUUUGCAAUAUAAGGUUACACGGGGACUACUCUAGUUGUUUUAUUUACUUAUUAUUUUUACUAUAGUUUUCAACUUUUUCUGCUGACUGAGGAGUUAGGGGAAAAAUGGACUAAUUGAAAAGUUUUAAAUAAAGUAUUAUAAUAAUCUAAAGUUUUAAGAAACAGUUCUAUAUUCUAAGUCAAGGUCAGCAAACUAUGGCCUGCGGGCCAAAUCUGGCCAGUUGCCUGUUUUUGUAAAUACUGCUGUGUUCUUUUUGCCUACUGGCUGCUCUCCUACUAUAACAGCAGAGCUAAGAAUUUUCAACAGAAACCACAUUCCCUGCAAAGACAAAUAUUUAGUAUCUGUCCCUUUACAUAAAAUGUUUGCUAACCCCUGUUCCAGAUACUUGCUAGGGGUAAAUGGCCUCAAAUACAGAGCUUUUGGAGAACAAAGUCCAGUGGUGAGAAAUGAAAUCAAAUAGGAGAUGUAUAGAAAAUGUACAAAUAUUCUUUUAGAAUAUAACUCAUAAGAUAAAAUCAGUAGAUGGCUGUUUUCAAACAAAUAUUUAAUAUUUUAGCUUUUGCAGGAAAGAAAUUUAAAUAAUAGAUACUUAUUUUUGUUGUAGACUCGAUCAUUUCACAAAGGUGACAGAAAUACAGAAAGUUCUGUUAAACUCAAUGAAAAGCAGAACACUGGAAAUUUUCUUCAGCUCUCCACUUUGAUGGCCGAAGAUACCACACAGACCUGUGCGAUGUCAUCAUAUUCAUAUGUUCUCUUUAAGAACGUGUCAGUUAGUCUUAAGCCGGAGACACUCUAUUGAGAGAAAGAUACCGGUGUAAAGUUUCAUUCAUUGGUAAUUUAUCAGAGGAAAAAAAUGGAAAUAGUAAAUGACCACUGGUUAACAGUCCCCAAAUACUGAAAAGAUGGCGCACCUGCAGUCCCUGUACUGAAGACAGGAGAGUAAGGGCAAGGCAGAGAGAGGAACUUGGAUGUAGCUUUCCAAGCUGUCUUCCUGAAAUGCCACACCAGUGGAUAGAAUUGGUAUUGCACAUUUCCAAAACCAGAUCCAUAGUCCUUUCACUGCUGGAGGAAUCAGAAAGACAGGAAUAAAUCUUGUUCCUUUCACAAAGCAGUUCUGUGAUAUUUCUUCCACUAGUGCCAAUGAAUUUGUUUUCAGGAUGUCCAGAAGAAUAAAAGUGGAAUCAGAA